UAACGUCUUUCCAUAAUAACUCGUGCUGCAUCUUCGUACGUACUGUGCAGCAAGUGCUCUCCUAGGUCAGUCAUGAUAAUAAGCUAUGGCUACUACGUCAACAACAGCCAACCAUCACGACGCACCGGCACCGUCAUUACAGUCAUUGUACUGUACCAGGAAAUGAAAAGUCGGUCACACGGCUCUCGGCGGCCAACGAUCAGUAAAAAGGGCGGUCUGAUACGUCACUUACACGACGCCACCCAGUCAGCCGUGAGCAGCAACGGCGGGGUUCCACGAUAGGGACCUGAAUUCUGGGCUGACGAAGGGCAUGUGAAUAGUCCUUGCACACCAACAAUAGCGUGCGUGGCUUUCCGGGGCGCGGGUGUCGGCUUCCAACUGCGGAAAUAUUUUUCUUCUUUCCGAGCGACCUCGCAUCAGCCGUCAGUUCAGCCGGCGGUCAUGGAAGACUGGCCUCAGGCCCGACUCGGUAUCAUUUAUCGUCAGCCGCUGAGCUGGCAGGUUAAAUUUGUCUUUUCUUUAAACUCUUUUUUUAAAGAAAGAAAGAAAAAGGUUUAACCUUUGGCCCCUCUCGAUGGUGGCGCUACCUUCUUGGAGAAUAACCCUCCGGCUCGGGUCGUGCAGGCGGCAAGGCAUCUCGUGUCAAAACCAACAUCUAAUGCUAGCAAAAGCCCAUCCAAGUAUAUACUUCGUAGGAUACAAUUUUAUUUUUUUUUACUUUUCAGACAACACUGUGUCGCAUCACCCUUCCUGCCAAUCCCUAUGAUGGAACUUCGCUCCGAUCGUCGCGACGAAAUAUGCCUCCUCACCCCUUACCCCUAAUAAGGCGCGGCGGCGGCGUCUGCGCCUAUGCCAUUCUUCUCGCCAGCGUGGCGAGCCUCGCCCUCGCCUCUCUCCAGUACUGCAACCAACGAUCACAUGUCCAACUGCACGUGUGCCUCGCCGUGGACACGUACUACAACGCAACGUCGAAAGCAGUAGAUUUGCUCGCCACGUUCGGAUACCAGGUCGUCUCGGCGGGAGGAUGGACGGCCGUAGGUCUGGGGAGCAGCAUGUACGGCGCGCUCGUCAUCAUUGGCUAUGUCGAUCAUGGAGAGCCCACGCUAGACCUUCGACAAGCAACAGGCCACUUUGAGCCCAAGUCGCUUCCCGCUCUCCCAGUAUGGACCGUCCCAUCGCCGGCCGUCAACACCAGCGGAUGGUUCGAGUCCAGCUUCCAGGUCUACGGCUACGACUCCUGGUUGGGCCUUCAAGGGCAGAGUCUCGGCGUCCAGAGCUUCAUAUGGGCGACGAGCGUGAGCAAGACUGCGCAGGGCGAGAGGAGCGGCGGCGGCGCGUUCAGUCUGUCCAUGCACGAUGACAAGGGCCAUUUCUCCUUUGACUUUGGCUCACGACCGGUGGGGGCCUCGCCAUCAGACACGUCACGGCCGCCGAGCAUUCACUUUGGCAAGGAAAACGACAACGCCGUCGAGCAUGCGGGAGGCGUAUCCAUCGUCGACGGGGCUCCGCGGGCUUUCGUAUCGUACCUGCACGGCUUUGCGCUCGUCAUGGGCAUCAUGGUACUGUAUCCUGCUGGAGCUCUGGCUCUGAGGUUUACGGAACUGCGUCCCUUUCGACUGCAUCUGUACUUUCAGCUCGGCGCUUCGCUUUCUUGCCUCGUUGGGUUCGCUGCUGCUGGAUUUAUCAUUGGAGCUGACCCGCUGAGAUAUCUCACCGAGCCGCACGUCUUGCUGGGGCUAGUCAUCUUGUUGAGCAUUAUUCUUCAAAACGCAUUCGGAUGGCUGCAUCACCGGUCCUACAAAAGGGGAACUAGAAACACCUGGGUUACGUCUGCACAUGUCAUUGUCGGGCGCUGCAUUAUCGUUCUCGGAUCCGCAAACGCCUUACUGGGCUUGACGCUGGCUAGAACCCGGCCCACAACAUUGGUCUUUAUUCUCACCGUCUUCAUCGCGGACGUUCUCGUUGUGUCGUGUGUCUGGUAUGCCGCCCGGGAGCGGGACGGUGAUGAGAGGCAGAAAAUUGGGGUUCCUCUACUAGAUGAUGACCCGGAUGGUCCCGAUGGCGAUACACAUUGAGGGUGUGACGUUGUCUUCACGUCGCUAGUUGUCAGUUUUCCACUGCUGCGAGC